AUGUCAUACUCGACUUUUGUGCCCUGUAUCGUUAUAAUUCAAAUUAAUGAAGCUGAAUGUACUGGGUUUAAAUUCACAGAAUUCAAUGAAUCAUAUGAUACACACUGUUAUGUCUGUGGUAUUUCUACGAAGUUUCAUUCGAAUUUAAAAGCCACACAUCCCGCCGUCAGUGGACAAACUUAUCCGACCUUUCCUACUCCUCCCACCGAACGAAGCGCACAUCAGUUGUCGUUUCCAAUUCACUCAAACACGGUGUACAGCUCAGUUGAAGAUGAGUUCAGGACAAACUUAUCUGAACCCGCUUGCAAACGUGUGGACGUUAAACAGCAACGCACACUGCGUGAGUUGGCCUCGGGCAGGGCGUUUUCUACUCCGUUUUCCAAACCCCGCGCAGUUACUUCCAUUAGCAGCACACCUACGGGAUUGCUAUGUGCUAACCACCCUCGGUCUACGUUAACUAAUCAUUUGGCCUCGCGUCGCGAUGGCAAUCCCGUCACGGUUUUCCGGAGUAGCUAUGCCGAACAUUCUGGACAUUCUGAAGAGUUCGACAGUGACGAGGUUACUGGCCAACUUCUGAAGAGACAGUAUCAACCGAACAAGUCCGUUUACAUUCCUGAACUGAAACAUGAGGCUAACGCGCAGGCCGAAAGUCGACAUCAAAUACGUGAAGUGUCUCUUCGGCAUCCUGACUUUCCUGAUUCUCUUAUUAAUGGUGUACUAUUUCGGGCUCGAUACUUGGACAACACUCAGCUAACCUCCGAACAACAACCCACCAGGAAGUCUCGGAUGUUUCAAGCCCUGAUGCUUUUCCGGAUAGGUAGUUGA